AGAUGGCAUUUGGGCUAUUAUCAAGGGAAGAGUGAGGUGGUGCCCUGGCUGAUAAGAAUCUAAUGGUGCUGCAGUAUGGGAAUGGGGCGUUGUUUCUUUGCCCUUAGUGGGAUAUGGGGGUAGCUAGGGAGAGGAAGUGCUGGAAAGACAUGACUCCCUUCUGUUACAGACAUGGCUGGGCUCCCGGCUGCUGCUGGUCUGUCUCCUCGUGAGCAGGAGUAUUGCCAAGGAGGUGUCAGAACACUGUAGCCACAUGAUUGGGAAUGGACACCUGAAGGUUCUGCAGCAGUUGAUCGACAGCCAAAUGGAGACUUCAUGCCAGAUUGCCUUUGAAUUUGUAGACCAGGAACAGCUGGAUGAUCCUGUUUGCUACCUGAAGAAGGCCUUUUUUCUGGUACAAGAUAUAAUAGAUGAGACCAUGCGCUUUAAAGACAACACACCCAAUGCCAACGCCACUGAGAGGCUCCAGGAACUCUCUAAUAACCUGAACAGCUGCUUUUCCAAGGACUAUGAGGAGCAGAACAAGGCCUGUGUCCGAACUUUCCAUGAGACCCCUCUCCAGUUGCUGGAGAAGAUCAAGAAUUUCUUUAAUGAAACAAAGAAUCUCCUUGAAAAGGACUGGAAAACUUUUACCAAGAACUGCAACAACAGCUUUGCUAAGUGCUCUAGCCGAGAUGUGGUGACCAAGCCUGAUUGCAACUGCCUGUACCCUAAAGCCACCCCUAGCAGUGACCCAGCCUCUGCCUCCCCUCACCAGCCCCCCGCCCCCUCCAUGGCCCCUCUGGCUGGCUUGGCUUGGGAUGAUUCUCAGAGGACAGAGGGCAGCUCCCUCUUGCCCAAUGAGCUUCCCCUUCGCAUAGAGGACCCAGGCAGUGCCAAGCAGCGACCACCCAGGAGUACCUGCCAGACCCUCGAGUCAACAGAGCAACCAAACCACAGGGACAGACUCACUGAGGACUCACAACCUCAUCCUUCUGCGGGGGGACCCAUCCCUGGGGUGGAAGACAUUCUUGAAUCUUCACUGGGCACUAACUGGGUCCUAGAAGAAGCUUCUGGAGAGGCUAGUGAGGGAUUUUUGACCCAGGAAGUGAAGUUUUCCCCCUCCAAGCCUGUAGAGGGCAGCAUCCAGGCAGAGACGGACAAACCCAGGGCCCUUUCAGCAUCUCCAUUCCCUAAAUCAACAGAGGACCAAAAGCCAGCGGAUGUAACAGACACGCCGUUGACAGAGGUGAACCCUAUGAGACCCACUGACCAGACACAGAAUAAUACUCCUGAGGAGACGGAUGGUUCAUCUACACUGCGUGGAGACCACCAGGGGCCACGCUCUCCCCAUAUUGCAACACCGAAUCCCCAACGCGUCAGCAACUCAGCCACUCCUGUUGCUCAGUUACUGCUUCCCAAAAGCCACUCUUGGGGCAUUGUUCUGCCCCUUGGGGAGCUCGAGGGCAAGAGAAGUACCAGGGAUCGAAGGAGCCCCGCAGAGCUGGAAGGAGGACCAGCAAGUGAGGGGGCAGCCAGGCCUGUGGCCCGUUUUAAUUCCAUUCCUUUGACUGACACAGGCCAUGUGGAGCAGCAUGAGGGAUCCUCUGACCCCCAGAUCCCUGAGUCUGUCUUCCACCUGCUGGUGCCGGGCAUCAUCCUAGUCUUGCUGGCUGUCGGGGGCCUCCUGUUCUACAGGUGGAAGUGGAGGAGCCAUCGAGACCCUCAGACAUUGGAUUCUUCUGUGGGGCGACCAGAGGACAGCUCCCUGACCCAGGAUGAGGACAGACAGGUGGAACUGCCAGUGUAGAAAGGAUUCUACGCUGGGCACACAGGACUAUCUCUUUAUGGAAGGAGACAUUAUGGGAACAUCCACCACUACCCUCUCCUGCCAUCUUCCUGGGAAUGUGGCCUGCCACUACCAGAGCUCCUGCCUACCAAGACUGGAUGAAAGCAGCUUUGAUGGGGUCUUUCCAUCCUCACCCUUAGACUCUCAACUAAAGAGAAAGGGCUGGAGGAUGCCCCCACAUACUGCCACUAUUUAUUGUGGGCCCUGGAGGCUCCCUGCAUUGGAGGAAGGGCAGCUCGACAGCUCAGGACCCUUUCCCUUAGGGGCUGCUCCCUUCCCUCAAAACCAGAACCUGGCAAGGGACUCACUAGCCUGUAUGGCCUAUGGAAGACCAGGACAGAUGAGAAGGAGAAGAAGAGCCCUGUGCCCAGAAGACCCAACUGGUGCCAAGGAAUCCCAGCACGGACAGGCAGGGACCUGUUUCCCAAGAAGAGAGCCUGAUAUUCAAAGGGUGGGACAGCAUCUGCCCGAUUUCCCGUAAAGGCAUAAAGGCACACAGCCCAAAAGACGGGAAGAGGAGGCCUUUGGCUGCUUGUGUCGACAGCUUAAAGGGGUCUACACCCUCAACUUGCCUAAGUGCCCUCUGCUGAUAGCCAGGAAGGAGGGAGGCCAGCCCUGCCCCUCAGGAUCUGACCUGGCUCAUGAUGCCAAGAGGAAGACUGAGCUCUAGCCUUGUCUUCUCCUACCCAUAGCCGCUGCCAGAGUUUGCCCAGCAGAGGCACCCCUCAUGAAGGAAGCCAUUGCACUGUGAAUACUGAACCUGCCUGCUGAACAGCCUGUCCCAUCCAUCCCUAUGAGCGACCAUCCGUCCGAAUGUUCUCCCACUUCCUUCAGCCUCUCCUCGGCUUCUUGCACUGAGCUGGCCUCGAGUGUUGACUGAGGGAGCCCCUGAGCCCCGACCUUCCCCUGCCUCAGCCUUUGAUUGUCCAGGGUGAAGCUGUGGGAGAACCGCCUGGGCUACCAGUCAGAGCUGGUCUUUAGGCUGUGUUCCUUGCCCAGGUUUCUGCAUCUUGCACUUUGACAUUCCCAGGAGGAAAGUGACUAGUGGAAGGGAGAGAGGAAGGGGAGGCAGAGACAAAGGCCACAGGCAGAGCUAUGGAUGAGAAUGGGUCUUGAAAAUGUGUGUGCACCCCUAAGCUUGAAGUUGAUCUCUAUACUCCAGCCCUCAGCCAGCCUCCUUCCUGUUGUCUGAAACCUGGAGCUGAGCAGGUUGACCUGUCACAAGCUCUGGGGACCGAGCUCCAGGCUCCAGCCCCACCCUCUUCUGGCCUUUGUUCUCCAGACCUGACCCAGGUAGGCAAGGGUACCCUCCCAGUCUCACCUACCCAACUCUGCCAUCUCUAGCCAAGCAAGCCAGGUUUAGAGAAGGGUC